AUGAUUGAUUUAAAAAUUGAAGAAUUGAGAAAUUCUAGUGAAAUUGAUCAUUGUGAAAGUUGUAAUUUAUUAAAUGAAAAUAGUGUAGAAUUAAUUAUUAUAAAAAAUAAAGAUUUAUAUAUUUAUAAAUUUGAUAAAAAGAAAAAAAAAAAUUAUUUAAUAUAUGAAACGAAAUUAAAUGGAAAUGUUAUAAAAUUAGUUGUUUUAAAAAAUGUCUUUUUAAAUAAAAAGAGCAAAUGUAUUAGUGGAAUUUUAUUAAUUUACAAAAAUUUGCAUUUUAUCAUUUAUAAAUAUAACAAAAGUCUAAAUACAUUAGUUGUAAUUUUAAAACAUAAUUUCACAAAGGAAAUAAAUUUUCAAUCACUGUUUUAUAAUCUUCCACACUCAAUUCAUUAUACCCACAAAUAUGAAAAAACAAAAAGAAGAAAAAAAAAAAUAAAUAAAAAGAUAAAAAAAAAUUACAAAAUAUCAGGUUGUUUUGAUAUUUUAAGUAAGAAGAAAAGAGAAAAAGACAAGAAAAUUAAUGUAAUAUAUAAAAAUAAUAAGAUAUUAACUUCUGAUAGUUCUAUAGAAAAGUUUUAUAAUGAUUAUGAUAAUGAAAAAAAAAAUCACGAAAACGAAUUUUUAACAGAUUUUACUAAAAUAUAUGAUAAUCAAGAAAAAAAUAUUUUGAACAGAUAUUCUAUGAAUUUUAAAAGUAAAAUAAAAUCAAAAAAGAUAAAGUCUAAUUUUUGUGAAUUUUGUAUUACCUUUUCUUAUGAUUUUAAAACCAUUUACACUAUUUUUUAUACUACUAGAAAAAGAAAAAUUCAAGAAAAAAUUAUUAAUAAUGAAGUUAAUAUCAAUUAUUUUUCUUAUGAUUUGUAUAUAGAUAAUAUUAGCAAAAUUAACCUAGAAAAUUUUUAUAAAAAUUUUGUUUUUAUAAAAAAAAUAUUUUUUCAUGAUGAUAAUGCACAUAUAUUAAUUCAAAAUGAUGCAAUCAAUAUAGGUCAUACAAAAUUAGAAGAAUUAAAUUUAAAAUUGUUAAUUAUAAAAAUAGAAAAAGAUAAAUUUGACUUUGUUAAUUUAAUAAAAAGUUUACCUAAUGAUUUGUUAGAUAUUAUUAUAGUGAAUAAUAUUCUUAUAUGUUUGUGUUAUGAUUAUGUAUAUAUUUUAAAUUUAAAUAAUUAUAAGAAAGUUGUUUAUUUUUUUAAUAAAAGUUGUUAUAUUAAUAACAUUUUUCAUUUUUUAAAAAAUAAUUGUUUGUUUUAUGAUCAUUCAUAUAUAAAUACGAAUUUUAAAUUAUUUUAUUUAUACAAUAAAAAAAACAAAAUUUUUAUCUUAAAUAAAUAUUUUAUAAUUGAAGGAAUAAUUUCAAAAAAUGUUAAUGAUUUAAUAAAUUUAAUUAAGUGGGAUAUUACUUAUACAUUUAAUUCUAAUUUAAGUAAAUCAUCAUUUUUUUCAUUGGAUAAAAAUAUUUAUUUUUUAUGUUGCUAUGAUGGAUUAAAUGGAAAUUCGGAUAUUGAUUUGCUAAAAAAAAGAGAUAAAAAAAGAUUAAAGAUAACAAAAAAAAAAAGGAGUAAAAGAAAAAGAGUAUCAAUAAAUAUAUUCUAUCCUUUAAAAAAAAGUAGACAUGAUAAUAAGUUUUCAUUAUGUGGAAAUUCAGAAAAUUUAAAAGAAUCAGAAAUACAAAAUAUAAAAAAUAACGAUUCAGUAGUAUGUCAAAAAAUUAUAAAAGAAAAUGAAUUUAUAAAAAAGGAGGAAUUAACAAAAAAUGAUAAAUUAAUAAAGAAAAAUAAUGAUAGUAAAGGUAAGAAUUUUAGGAAAAAUAAUAAUUUUUUAUUUGAUUUACUAAAUUACUUAAAUAAAAACAUAAGUAUAAAUGAGUGUACAAAAGAGUUAAAUAAUAAAAAAUAUGAUUUGUUAUUUAAAAAAUACAAAAAAAAAAUAAAAAUAUUAGAAAAUAAUUUUUCGAAAAUAAAUGCACAGGGGAUAAUUGAGUAUGUUUCUCCUUUAUUUAUUUUAAAAAAAAAAAAAAAUAACAAAAAUAAAAAAUGUAAAAAAAUUAAGAAUUUAAAAUUUUAUUCAGUUGAUAAAAUUCAAGUUAAAGGACUAAUAACAGAUAUAUGCAAGUUAAACGAAGAAAAUAAUUCAAUAAAUAAAAGUAUUUAUUUUGCUGUUAUUGGUAAUAAGAAAAACAGUACAAUACAAAAGGUAUUUUUUGAAAUCCCCUUAGUGCUAAAAUUGAAUACUUUUUUUUCAGAUUUUAACAUAAAAAGUGUUUGUUGUACAGAUAAAAAAAACAAUUCUAUUUUUCAAUAUGUUAUAAUAAAUUUAGAAGAAAAAGCAAAAAUUGAAGAAGAAAAUAACGAAUUAAAAAAUUUUAAAUUAAAUAAUAAUAAUUUAAACAAUGAUGAAUUAAAAGAGUCAUUGGAGGAAAAUGAACAGAAUAAAAAAAAUAUUUUAUUAUGUAUUAAAAAUAUUUCAUUUUUAAAAAAAAAUUAUAAAUGGUUAAAUUGUGAUUACCAUGAUGAUAAUAAUUUAAAAACUAUUCAAUCAAGAGAAUUUUUAGAAAAAAUACAUGAAGAUGUUAAGAGUAACAUUAAUAAAAAUUUAUUAAAUGAUAAUGUUAAUGAUAUAAAUUAUUCAGAUGAAUAUAACUUUUAUGAGAAAUGUUUUUCUACUCAAAAAAAAACAAAGGAAAAAAUAUUAAACAAUGAUUUGAAUGAUGAUCAAAUAAACAACUAUAAUGUUAAUAAAUACACGAAAGUUAUUUAUAUGAUUAAAGAAGAAAAAAUGAAUGAGGAAGAUUUUUCCUUAAAUUGCAUUGAAAAAAUAGAAAAAUGUUUACUCUUUUUUAAGAAUUCUAAUUUUAAUUAUUUUAAUAGUAGAGAUGUACGAACAUAUUUAAAAAAGAUAUAUAUUCCAUAUAUGAUGUAUCAUCAUGUUCAUCAAAGCGAAACACACCAUUUCAAUGAUGAUAAAGAGUUUUUUUUUAAAAAUUUAAGGGAAAAUAACUUUAAUAUAUAUAGAGAAAUGAAAAAUAAAGAACGCAAUUUAAAAAAAAAAAUUUUGAAAUUUUUUUUAAUUGAAAAAGUUAAAAAUACUUCAUUAAAUUUAAAGGAAAAUUCUAUAGGAUUACUUAAUUUUAAACAAAUUCUAAUUCAAGUGUGCAAAAAUGAAAUAAAUUUAUUUUUUAAUAAAAACACAUAUAUUUGUCUGAAAAACAUAAAUAUACAAAAUAAUAUAAAAUCAUGCAAAUUAAUAAAAGAAUACCUCAUUCUAUUACAUGAAAACAAUAAUUGUUCUAUAUUUUCAUUUAAUAAUGAUAUAAUAAAUAAUUUAUUAAAAAUAAUUAUAAUGGUAACAUCAGUUUAUAAUAUAUUCACGUUACAUUGCUUAUCAUAUGAUAAUAAAGAAGAAAAUUUUGAUAUAUUAAGUUUUGGUAAAUUUUUAAAAAAAACAUUGUUAAAAAAUUGCUCUCUUUACGAAAAGGAAAACGUUGUAAAUAUAUUUAAAAUAAAAAACGUUUCCUUGCUUCAUGAUUUUGUAAAAAGUAAGAAUGUUGACGUUGAUAAUUUUUUUACUUAUCAUACAAGCUUAAAUAAUAUCCGUUGUAUUUCUGUUAUAAAAAAAAACAAAGAAUGUUUUUUAUGCUUUUUAGAUAAUUCAAAUAACUCUUUUAAUAUAUUUGAUAUAAAAAAAAAAAACUUAAUUUUUCAAAGCAAUUUUUUAUUAAAUGUACCAAAAUAUAUUUAUAAUUCUUUAAGGAAGGAAAAAAAUGAUAAAAAAAAAAAUAUUGAAAAGGAUAAAGAAAAAUUGUAUUUUUUGAAUAUAUAUAAUAAGGAAAAUAUAAUAAAUAUUUUAUUUUUUAAACUGGAUAAAGAUUAUAUAUUAAUAAUAUUUUUAACAGGUAGACCAAUAUUAAUAUAUAAGACAUUCUUUUACAUAAACAAAUUUAGUAAUUUAAAAUUUAAAAUAGUUAUUCAUAAGUAUGUGCAACCUUUAAUUAGUAAUAUACAUUUUUUAAAAGAAGAAAAUGAUAAAAAUAUAAAUAAGAUGGUUAUUAUUUCUAGCAAAAAUGAGGAAUUAAAUAAUGGUUGUUAUGUGUAUGUGGAUGAAAACAGUUUUAUGUAUUCAAAAAUGAACAGAAAAAAAAAAAAACAAAUAUUUAAUAAAUGCAAUAAAACAUUAAAUAUAAUAAAGAAAAAAACUAUUAAAAAUUGCAUAAUAUUAUACCCAUACUUUGAUAUGAAGAAAUUAAUUUUAAAUAAUUAUGAUGAUAAGAAUAUACAAGAAAUGCUUUGUGAAAAUUUAAUAAAAAAAUAUAAUACAAGCUUUCCAAUUUUAUUUUUAUCAAGUUAUAAAGGAAAAUUAUAUAUUCAUAAUUUAAAUAAAGAGAAAUUACAAAAUUUGAGUAAUGCAAAUAAUGAAAAAAUAUACAAGUUCAAUAAUAUAACCGAAAUUUUGAAUGGAUUAGGUGAAAAUAAAAAUGAUAAUGUCUUACAUAUGGAUAAUAUUAAAGGAAUAAUAAAAAUAGAUAACAAUGAAUUUUUAAGUUUUUCUAAUCAUAAUUUACAUAUGUUUAGUAUAAAUGAUUAUGAAUAUAAAAAUGUCCAUAAUUAUUAUGAUGAAACAAAAGAAUCAAAAAAUGAUAUGCUUCAAUCGAAAAAUAAUAGCCUAUUUUCAGAAAAUUUAUUUUAUUGUAAUAAAAAUUUUUUGAAAAUUAAAAAUGAAAUACUUUUUUUAAAAAAGCCUAAGGUGAUAAAUUUAUCAUUUAAUGAUGAUCUUAUAUUAAAAAAUUUUAUUAAUUAUCCAUAUAUUUAUAAAAUGUCUAUAUCUAAAUUUGAAUAUAUUUUAAAAAAAUCAAAGAAAAAAAAGAAAAAGAAAAUGAAAGAAAUAUUGCAUAAAAAUAAUAAUAAAGAUAUAGAAAAAGAAACAUCAAAUGAGAUAAAUUUUUCUGAAAUUGAAAAUAAAAAUUUAAAUAAUAAUUGUUGCAUACAAAAUAAUGAACAGGAUCAGUAUCAAAAAAAGCAAAAAUAUAAGACAACUUUUGGAAAAGUUAUAUGCGUAAUUUUUCGGAUUAAAUACGAUGAAUAUUAUUGUUUAAAAAAAUUAUUGAAAAAAAGAAUAAAUAUUCAAAAAGAUGAACUAAAGAAUAAUAGUUUAUAUAGAAAUGAAGAAAUACAAUGUAUUCCAAAUGCUUACUUAGAUGAUUGUAUUAAUAAUCAAUAUACACAUAAAAUAAAAAGUUUUUUAUCCAUUAAUAUAGGAGAAGAAACAAAUGUACUGCAAGAUGAGACUAUAAUAAGAAAAAAUAAUAAAUUAAUUCAAUCAGUUAAAACACAUACUAAAUAUUAUAAAUUACUAUUAUUCCAUGAAAAUAGUAAAAAUGCUUAUGGUUAUUACAUUUUUGAACAUAGUGAAGAGAUUCAAUGUGUUUCUUUUGGAUGUUUAAAUAAUAAAGAAUACAUAUAUGUUAGUACAAGUUUAAACAUCAAUGAAAGAAUUGAAACACAAGGUAAUAUUUACGUACUCGAUUUCAGUGAUAUAUUUUUAAGAUAUAAUGAAAAUGAUAUCAUGAAAAAUUCAAAUGGUGACAUAAAUAAUGUGUAUUUUAAUAAUAUUGAAAGUAAUAAUAAUAGUAAAGAUGCAAAUAAUAGUAAUGACGAUUGUAAUAGUAAUUACAAAUAUGAAAAUAAGAAAAAUUCUGCACAUAAUAAUGAUAACUCUGAAAUGAUACACAUAAGUAAUGAAAAUAAUUUGAAUGAUGUAAAAAAAAAAGGAAAAUUAAUUGUAUACUUAAAGAAAACAUAUAACAGUUCUGUAACUCAAAUACACCCUUUUUACUUUUAUAGUGAUAAUAAUAAUAGCAAAAAUUAUAAGAAUAAUAUAAGAAGUGAUAAUAUAGAAAAUUAUGACAUAGAAGAGAAGUAUAGAGAUAAUAAUUUAAAUAAUUGGAAUAAUGGUAAAAAUAAUAAUAAUUGUUAUUGUAAUAUUCUUCAUUGCAUUAAUUCUAAAUUGUAUAUUCAUGAAAUAAAUGAUAAUGAUUUCACAAAAGGUGCUUUUAUUGAUAAUAAUUUUUAUAUUAGUGAUAUAAAAAUAGUGAAAAAUUUUAUCAUAAUUGCAGAUUUGUAUAAAGGCAUAUAUAUAAAUAUGUAUAAUUAUGAACAACAACAUGAUAGUAGAAGUAUUAUAUCCAUAUCUAAAAACUUUUACAGUCAUAAUUUAAAUAUAUUAUGUUGUCAUUAUGUUAUUUAUGAUUCAUAUAUUUCAAUAAUUGCAAUGGACAUAUAUAACAAUUUCUUGAUUUUUUCUUAUAAAAAUUAUCAAGAUAUAGAUAAUCUAUAUAUAUUUAAUUAUUUUAAUUUUAAUAGAAGAAUUAUUAAAUUUAUAAAUGCAUUAAAUAAAAAUGAUAAAUCAAAUUCUGUCUUAUCUAUUUCUAAUGAUGGUAGUAUCCAUUUAUUUUAUCCAUUAAAUAACAAAUUAUUUAUUUUUUUUAAAGAAAUAUAUAAAAUUAUAAAAAAAUAUAUUUUUCCAAAUUUAGCUUUAAAUUUAAACACACAUUUAAAACCAGAUUUUUUUAUUCAAUCUAUAAUUUUGAAUCUUCAUAAAAGAACUGAUAGUUUUUUAGUUAAAAAUAUAUUAUUUGAUGACUUAUUAAAGCAAGUUCCUUUUUAUUCUUCUGAAGUUUUAUUUGAAUUAUUUUAUAAAAAAACUAACUUACUUCAACAUAUAGCAAUCGGAGAUUUUUUAAAUGAGUUGUAUUCAAUAAGCCAAAAAUAG